GCAAGGUGAAGGACAUAGCUCUGUGUAUCCAAAAUGGGAGGAAGUCGGAUGAAUUGAGGUGUUUUCUCACAUCAGACUAAAUAUGGAGGCUAAGCCCAUUGUGACAUGCCAUGGAGACCAAAGCUUGUUUUCCCAACUGCAUCCCAUGGUUCUUAAUGGUUUGCCAAAAGAAUCAUGUGAAUGGAAAAGAUCAUACGGCCGAGCACCUCGCACUUUACAACUUGAAGCAAGUUUUGUUCCCUAUGAUGCUGACAUCCUCCCUGAAGAAGAUGACAGAGUCCUCAUCAGUAGACCAUACUUCCAUAUAUACUGGACAGACUGUGACCUAGAAGGCUACAAGCAGACAGUGAAAGAAGACAUUGCUGAAUGGCAGGCUGCACUGAAGGGAAAGAACAUCCCAGACUGGUUGAUCGUGGUGGUAGUGAUGGAUGAAAGCAAACUCAAAUCCAAAAUUCUCCCAAGGUCGUCUGUGAUAGACAAAGUCAAGAGUGACUUCUGCAGCAAGGCACAAGAAAGAUGUCUGGUGCUGACAGAGCCGAUGAAGACUGACGCCAAGAGUGCUGAAUCCUGGUAUAACUUCUUCACCAAGCUCCGCCCCUUACUGUUGACUGCAUAUAAUCGGCAGUUGGGUCGUUUUGAGGACAACAUGCGGGCUCUGAGGGAGAAACGGAAUGAACCAGGGUGGAACUAUAUGGAAUAUUUUGUUGUGCAGGAGGAGCUGGCCUUUAUGUUUGAGAUCCUGGGUGUGUACGACGAUGCACUGCUGCAGUAUGAUGAGCUGGAUGCUCUGUUUACACAGUUUGCAGAGAACCAUGCAGCAGGAGCUCAUGUGAAAUGGCUGGCCCCUCUCAUCCAGCCAUGUAGCAACUGGAGUGGUCUGUCCCUCACCAAGGCCUUGAACCACCAGCUGCGGGACACCAUCAAGAUGAACAAGGCCAGUGUGUUGGAGUUCCGCAACUACCUCUUCUCUCGCCAGUGUGCUCUGUUGUUCCUGUUGAAGCGCCCAGGGGACGUGGCCCAGCGAGCUCUGGACUACCUCCAUUACACCGUACAGGAAAUGAUCGCACUCGAGGUUAGCCUCACUUGGCGCGCCCUCUGGUGCUGGGUGUUCCUCAGUAGCCUUGCAGUGCUGGAGACGUGUGAGCGGUACAAUGAGUCGUCGCGGAUCAACAAGAAUUCCCUGUGUACUGCCAGUCUGUGGGACUAUGCCAGGCGGAAGCUGAAGAAACUAGGGAGUGUGUGCGGCCUGAUUCCUGGGACCAGGCCGACGUCCAAGCAGCUGAGCUGUAGAGUGGAUCUCACCUCAGGCAUGGUCACACUGGACAGUGAAGAGACAGCACCUACUGACAAGAUUACACCUCUAGACAGACUGCGACAAGCCCUGUCCUCUGAUGAGUCUUACAAGAAACACUACCUGGAAAUGUGUGAACUUGCCAUGGGAACAUACAAACACAUCUGUCGGUUCCGGUCAGCACGGAUCAUUGGCAGGGACCUGGCUGACUUCUAUAUGCUGCUAGGGGAGCCCCACAAGGCGGAAGGUUUCCUGCUGGAUGCCAUCAAGAUGUACCGGCAGGAGCACUGGGAGCACCUGGCAGACGGCACCAUGCUGGAGCUCGCCGUCUGCCAGGCCAAGAUGGACGACAAUGCCAAAUUUUUGAAGACAGCCUGUCACAUUGCCUGCAGCCCUCACCUCAAGAUGGCCGACAGGGAGCACUACUUCAGUGAAGUGAUGAGAAUAGCUGAAGACAAAGAUGAAAUGUGCAUCCUAAAAGCCUCCAAGAUUCUUGGUUUGGAGAGCGCAGCAGUUCUGACACCAACUGUGAUCCUUCAUGAAGAUUUUGUCAUAGACACAAAGGUCUACAACCACUUCCCAAGAUCCAUCACAUGCAGUAAAAUCAACAUCUCUGUAUCUCACUGCCCACCAGAGAAACAGCCCAACUCGUCUCACUUCUCCAAAAAGAAAAUUGCCCACACACGAACUCCCAGCUUGACCAUUCACAAGCCUGAACACAUAGCAAACUUUCAGCCAAUCAGAAAGCAGCUGCCAGCAAUGAUUGACACUGUGGCCACCUAUGAGAAGAGGCAAGGGAAGAUUGUGGGGCCGGGGCUGACUUGUAAAAAUGCUCAUGAUUUGUUAAAGAGGACAGACAGUGGGCCAGGAGGGGGGAGUGACGUGGACCACACAAUGAAGGGAGAUUUCACAGUGAGCCUUCUAGCAGAGGACAUUGAGCUGAAGCCAGGCGAGAAUAAUGUGCAGCUCAAGAUGAAGACAUUGGAGAAGGGUGUGUUCUACCUAAGUCAACUGUGCUACGAGGUGAAGCAUCUAGACUUCCUCAAGUCCCUCAGUGGCUGGGACCUGUUCUUCAAAGUCGUCUGUGACCAACCAAGGGUGGAGCUGAAGCCUGUCAAGUCAGAUCACUUCAUUGCUGGGAUAAAGCAAGAGGCGACCUUGACCUUGCUGACAGGCAGUUUUGCCCUCCCACAAGGCUGCAGUGCUCAGUUCAAGACCACUGAGAACCUGGAGGUCUUUACAAGGGAAGGUAACUCUGUCCUGAAGCUCUCGCCACUGGAAGCUGAUCAGUCGUCAGGCUUUUGUACAACUGUCCUCCAUCAGACGCGACAAACAUUUGAUGGCUCUACGGAUGCCAAGCUGACAUGCCAUAUCGAUGUGUGGGACAAGAAACUUGACAUUCAUCUCAACUUUAUCCAUCCCUUCAAAGUGGAACAUGUUUUACAUACAUGCAAAGAAAAAAAAUAUCUUCAAGUCACCAUCAAAGGCAAUACCCAAACAGAAUUCCUAGUCAGUCAACCAGAGUUAUCUGCCCUCAAUUCCAACGAUGUGGAGUUGCAGCUGAUGAACAAACCAGGACAACAGAUGAAAGUGAAUAGCAGCCAGACAGCGUCCAUCUUGUGGCAGAUCCGCUGCAACAUCCCAGACAUUCCCCGACUGGAGACAGAGUUCACCUUCCUCUACACCUGUCCACUUGAUCUGCAGACCACACCCCGCAAAUACCUGUACACCUGUUGUGUGGAGAACUUCCAGACCAAGUACAUCCUGAGCUACAACGUGACACCCUCCGAGGAGGACAAGCAGUGUAAGACAGGGAAGACAGUGGCUCUCAAGCUCCAGGUGAAGAAGUGUAACGGAGGUCACGACCCUGACGAGAUGCUGGUAUACGACGUGAAGUCCGACACAGACACCUGGGCACUGGUUGGCAAGUCUACAGGAAUAUUUUCUCUGAAGGACGACUUCUAUGAGACAGUCCUGGACGUGGUGGCUGUGAAAGCAGGUUUCAUUCAUCUCCCUUUGGUCCACAUACACAAGUACCGAGCUGACCAAUCAAAUCUCGAGGAGAAUGGCAAUGACAUCCCGGAUGAUCCUCCUGAGUUUGUCAAGUUCUUCAGGGGAGAAGUGUACAACAGUAGCUUGGCUCAGCAAGUUCAUGUCUACCCUGAGAUGGGAGGGAAAGAUGUGGAGGUGUCCUUGGUAGAAGGAUAGAUGACCUUCAAUCUGUGACGAAGUAUUUGACCUUGUUGGUUUAUGUUUCCCAGAGUUUGGAGGGAAAGAUGUGGAUGCGCCCCUGGUUGACGGUAGAUGACCUCCAGUCUGUCACCUGAAGUCCUUGACCUUGUAAGGUCAUGUCCACCCUGAGAUGGAAGGAUGUGAAGUGUACUUUGUUGAAGGGUAGAUGACCUUCAGUGUGGGACUUGAAGUUUUUACCCCAUGGGACCAUGACCCAAUGAAGGUGGACAGAUUUUCUAAGGCAAUACAGUGUGCUGGCAGAGAUUCAUCAGUGAGCUGAAACAUGAUCAUGGAUGGACAUGGGUUAGAGCUGUAUUAACCCUAGAUCCCUGGUGGAUCAGGGCAAAGUCAUGGUUAUUUCAGCAAUAUGAUAAACCUUACAACCAGCUAAAGUCUAUACACUUGCUUGAAGCUAACAGGCUGUGAUGUAACGGAAAUACUGUUGUAUUGGAAGUAGAUCAAGCUCACUCAAGUCAUUUUGGUUAACAUGGAAGAUUAGAUAACCAACAUCCCAUGUCCAUCCAAGAUAUGAGAUGAAAUGUCCAUGUGGAAGGGCAUGUUUCUGCUUGACCUUUCACCCCCAAAUGAUGCCAGUGUCAAGGACACAGUUCUAUUGUAUCAUAGGGCAGUGAAUUGAGACUGGAAAUGGCAAAUUUAUCGUGCUUAUGAGAACCAUUGAAUGAGAAGGCACCUGGUUUUAGCUUAUUUAUUCUAUAUUUGGGUCAAUAUAUGUUUAUUGUACAUAUAAUUCCUGAUGAUGUUGGUGAUUUGUUGUAUAUGUUAAGUUUUGUAUAUUAACUAUGUAUAUAAAUACACAAACUGUU